AAUGAAAGCAUUCGUCAUAUCUAAAUAUGGUACUAAACCACUUUGGUAAUAAGUUCUUAAACCCUCACUAUUAUCACAUUAAGUUCUGAUUAAAGUGAGAUAUGCCCCUGUAAAUCCAGCAGAUAUGUAUUAUUCUUUAGGCAUCUACGGAAUUAAGAAGGCUCUUCCAACUCAAUUAGGAAUGGAAGGAGUAGGUGAAGUUGUUGAAGGAAAGCACAAAGGCAAAUUAGUAGCAUUUCUACCUGCAAGAUCAGUUGGAAGUUGGGCAGAAUAUGUUGCUGCAAAUGAAUCAGAUAUUUAUGAAGUGGGAAAUGAAAUAUAAGGUAGUAUGGCCAUAAUUAAUCCAUUCACUGUUCUUGGAUUUUAAGAGAGAGCUAAAUAAUUUAAAAGUAUCUUAUUUUCAUCUGCUCGAUCAUCCACUGCAAUCCAAGGAAUUAAACUAUUUAAAGAAUUAGGAAAAGAUGUUUGGGCAAUUGCAAAAGAGAAUAAGGAUUAUGUUAAUACAAUAGUGGAUGAUGAGAAUCUACUAUAAAAUAUUCAAAAGAACAUUAAAGAUAAGACAGUAUUUUUUGAUUCAACAUCUGGAGAUAAGGCUGGAACUAUCUUAACAUCAUUGCCAGCAAAUAGUGUUUUAGUGAAUUAUGGAUCAUCAACAGCUACAUUUAUAGGAAAAGUAAAUCCUAAUUAGUUGAUCUUUUAAGGUAAAUCUAUUGAAGGAUUUUGGAUGCACAAUUAUUAUACUUCAUUAACAAGAUAAUAAAAGGAGGUUGCCUUUAAUUAUAUUAAUUCUAAAUUAGACACAAUAUUUAAAUCAGAUGUAUAUCAGAUUGUUAAACCAUAAGAUAUUUCAGGUGAAGAAUUGUAUAAACUCUAAUCAUAGACUCGUGGAUAAGGAAAGAUUAUUUUGGAGUUUAAAUGAU